AUGACAAAAACCUUCGAAGUUCCCCAUAUUUCAUCCUCGGGCCGCCAUUCAUGGCUUUUUCCGUCCAGCUGCAGAACAUGGACCAGGCACUUUGUAGAGACAAGAAGCUUGCUGUUCCUCGGAACGACCGGGUCGUUGUUCCUCUCCAAACGAACACCCCCCAGACCCAUUCGAACGGACCCAACGAGCCGAUCUUGGCUCUACACACCGAUCUGGGUAGCCGAGCCUCUAGAUCUGGGCCGAUCUACUUCACACGGACAUCCCCUGAGGUUUGGCUUCUAUUUUCCAGUGCAUUCUCAGAUCCCUUCGACUCUGAACGUGGUGCAGUCCGUCCGGAAGUUCUACCCCACUGCCCCGCUCUACCUGCUCCAGGACGGAGGCAACGUGGAUUUCGGUCCCUUGUGCCAAGAGAAGGAGUACAACUGCAUCUUCGAGCGUGUCAAGGGCGAGAACAGCCGCUGGAACCCUCAUAGCUGGUUUGCACGCUUCCGAAAGGCCACACAAGCUUUGGGCACCGAAUAUGUCAUCUACUUGGAGCCCGACGUCUUGAUUCGGAAGCACCACAGCAUCGAGCCGAAGCACGACGCUGGGGGCAUCUAUGAUGACUUCAACCCUCACAUGGGUAAGGAGACCAUCCACUACCUGGAAAUGUUGGGCCGCGAGCGGAAUCCCAACUUCAAUGUCUCCUGGAUCCAUUUUGGCCUCAGUGGGGGGUCCUACUACAAGGCCGAAGCAGUCAUGGAUGCGUUUGACCCCAAGUACGUGAAGCGGAUCGAUUUCGAGGCGAUCGAGAAGAAGGAGGGCGACAAGACCAUGAGCAGUGACUUCGCCAUGUUGGUGGCCCUCUAUGCGCGCGGAUGGCAUGUGUAUCCUUGGGAAGAAGUCUCCCAACAUUGGCUCGACCCGAAGAAGCCCAAUGAACCCGAAAGGAAGUCGGAAAAGUCUUGGGCCGCCUUCGAACACAACCACAAGGAGCACUACAACGACCCUGUACCGGCCAAGGACCGGCAGCUGAUCCGGACCUUCGCCGAGACCUUCCCGGACACCACCUGCCAUGGAUGUGUGUGGUACCACGAUGCGGAUCCCAAGCAAGUCUAUCCCAUCCCGGGACAUCAGCCGGAAAUCCCCAAGCGCUACCGAUAUCCAAAGCCAUAG